CACCCUGGGAUGAGUUUUAUACCGACUGUUCCUUCUCUGCUGAGGAGUGUCAGAGUGGAGGGUGGAAGCAUCCUGUCUCCAGUACGGAAAACCCACACACGACCAUCCAGACUACCUCCAAUACCCGUCAUACAGACAGGCAGCAGACACAGGAAUAUAAUGAUGAUGAUGAUGCAGUCAGGCCUGGAUGACAUGACUAAGCAGAAGAUGCUGCAGGCUAAGGCUCGUUCUAAUGAGGUCAGGAGAGACGGUCUGAACCUGGGGAAGAAGAUCAGCGUGCCAAAGGACGUGAUGAUGGAGGAGCUCAACCUUCCAUCUAAUCGAGGCUCUCGAAUGUUUCAGGAGAGGCAGAGGAGGGUCGAGAAGUUCACACUGGAGAACGCUGCCGGCGGUGCUUACUAUACCAACAAUGUCCAUCCAGAGGCUGUUCCUCCCCAGCAGAUCAUCCCAGAACCACAGGGUGGGAAAGAGAACCAGGCCUUCUCCAUCGCUGGUAAGCAUAGCCUGGUCGUGAACCUUCAGAAGACUGUAGCAAAGAAGGGCAGUCCUGACGUCCUCGCUCCAGGAUAUUCUGGUCCUCUGAAGGAAGUUCCUCAUGAGAAGUUCAACACAACAGUAAUCCCCAAAUCCUACUGGUCCCCGUGGAGGGAGGCUUUGGGAGGCAACGAAGAGCUCCUGAACACUCUCAAUUCCCAGCUGCCCCAGCUCCCACAAAGACUACAGCCUGCCAACUACAGGUGCUUCAACAGAUCUGCUAUGCCAUUCGGGGGAGCUGUGGCCAGCAAGAGGGUGAUCCCAGUGAUUAGCUUUGAUGCAGUGGAAUCCCAGAAACUGCCCGGCAUCGCUCUGGACCGCAUGUGUCGGCGGCCCAACUUCAACAGAGCACCCAGGGGAUGGGGAAUUGAUUACUGCCCUGAAUCUAAUGAACUAUGAAAAAAGGGCUGAUCAGCUAAAGACUGGCUAAGCUUGCUUCUCUCCUGCCACAAAGACAAUUUCUCUGUUAAUUAGUGGGAACUGCAGGGGCAAGAAAAAAUAAAUAAAACACUCUCGCACGAUAUAUCAAGUGGUUUGCUACUGUUCAGUGGUUUGACCAGCUGAGGCAAACUCACAGAUGCUGGAAUCAGUUCAUUACCGCAGUAGAGUCCUGGACAAUACUUUUUUUUUUUUAAAUCACCCGUAGCAGCAUCCGAUCCAAUCAAUGCCUAAACACCCAACGCCCCCGCCCCCCAAUCCAGUCUUCAUCUGUUACCUUUCACGCUGUCGAUUUACAUCUUCAUCCCCCCUUUGUCCCCUACUAUUGUGUAAGCGCAAUAGUUUGAGAUAACACUGCUCUUUCACAAUAGUAAAUGCGUGAAUAUUAAUGAACAAUAUGCACUCUCAGAUGAUCAAUGACAACUGCAUCAUUUUAAUGACAAGUGAAAACAACAUUCAAAGAAAGGUUUACAAUAAACUAGGUCAUUAUGCUGUGGAAUAUGAAGAUUGUGUCAAAUAAACAAUAAAAAAAGUCAAUGCAACUGAAAACGAACAGGUUUAAUACCCCACGUGAUACUUUGCACGAUGUUACACAUAGAGUUUAACCUAAAAGUAUACAGUUUUUAUAUGUACAAUGGCUCCAAACCACAGGAGCCUGUAGUAAAAAAAAAAA